GCUGCGGCGGCGGCGGCGGCGGCGGCGGCAGCCGUGGCGGCUUGGUGCUGCGCGGGGUCAGCGGCGCAGCGGCGCCCCUCGCUCGGCCGCGGCUGCGGCGAGGAGGAGGAGGCAGGAGCGGAGGGCCCUCCCACGAGCGUCGUCGCCUCGCGCCUGCGGGCAGGGUGGGAGCGCGGACCCCACGGGCCCCGGCCCCGCCCCGAGACCCCCAAGCCGGGCCGCGCACAUGGGCUAGGGGGCGGCAAAGAUGUUCAGCUUCGAGGGUGACUUCAAGACGCGGCCCAAGGUGUCCCUCGGCGGCGCAAGCAGGAAGGAAGAAAAGGCUUCUCUUUUACAUCGCACUCAGGAAGAGAGAAGGAAGAGAGAGGAAGAAAGGCGAAGAUUGAAAAACGCAAUAAUUAUCCAGUCAUUUAUUCGAGGAUAUAGAGACCGAAAACAACAAUACUCCCUCCAAAGAAGUGCGUUUGAUCGCUGUGCCAAUGCAGCGCAGUUGGGUGGCACCUUCUCCCUGGGCAGUGGCCCCAAUCUUACCGUCCUGGUGAGGCAGCUUCUGUUCUUUUACAAGCAGAGUGAAGACUCAAAGCGUUUGAUAUGGCUGUACCAGAACUUAAUCAAACAUAGCUCUGUGUUUGUCAAGCAGCUGGACGGAGCUGAGAGACUGACAUGCUUGUUUCAAAUCAAGAGGCUGAUGAGCCUCUGUUGCAGGUUGCUGCAGAACUGUACUGAUGACAGUUUGAAUGUUGCUCUCCCGAUGCGGAUGCUUGAGGUGUUUUCCUCUGAAAACACUUAUUUGCCUGUCCUGCAGGAUGCCGGCUACGUGGUGUCAAUCAUUGAACAAAUAUUGCACUACAUGAUUCACAGUGGAUAUUAUAGGUCUCUUUAUUUGUUGAUUAACAGCAAGCUUCCAUCAAGUAUUGAAUAUUCUGAUUUGUCUCGAGUUCCUAUAGCAAAAAUUUUGUUGGAGAAUGUCCUAAAACCAUUGCACUUUACAUACAACUCCUGUUUGGAAGGUGCAAGGCAGCAAGUUUUCUCAGCCUUCACAGAGGAGUUUCUGGCUGCACCUUUUACAGAGCAGCUCUUCCACUUCAUCAUCCCGGCAUUAGCAGAUGUUCAGACCGCUUUCCCUUUUGCGCCUUUUCUGAAUGCACUGUUGUUACUAGAGAGUAGAUGUUCAAACAGGAGUGCUGGAGCACCAUGGCUUUUCUAUUUUGUUUUAACUGUUGGUGAAAAUCAUUUAGUGUGCUUCAGGAUGUUUGAGUGCAAGGAGACCUGGGAAACCCAGGCAGUUUCCAGCUUACUGGUUAUACUGUCCGUCAUGGAGGUUCCAUACACAAUGCCACCCCAUGGGACACUCUCUGAGGAGGGCCUGCUGGUAUAUCUACAUGUGCUCCAGACCUUCCUUUCCCAGCUGCCUGCCUCGCCUGCCAUCACCAGCUCCUAUGACACCUCCAGCGACUCUGAGGAUGAGAGUGAGGAGGCCGACCAGCCUACCACCCCAGAGGACGGCCGGCUGUCCACUAAAUAUAUCACUGAGGAGUGUCUCAAGAAGCUGGACACAAAGCAGCAGACCAACACCCUGCUGAACCUGGUGUGGCGGGACUCGGCCAGUGAGGAGGUCUUCACACGGAUGGCCUCCAUCUGUCACACGCUAAUGGUGCAGCACCGAAUGAUGGUGCCCAAAGUCAGGCUUCUCUACAGUUUGGCCUUCAAUGCCAGGUUUCUGCGGCACCUUUGGUUUCUUAUCUCUUCCAUGACAACACAGAUGAUCACAGGGUCCACAGUGCCGUUGCUCCAGGUGAUAUCCCGGGGCUCACCCAUGUCUUUUGAAGACUCAAGUCGAAUCAUCCCACUCUUUUACCUCUUCAGCUCUCUGUUCAGUCAUUCACUGAUUUCCAUACAUGAUAACGAAUUUUUUGGUGAUCCUAUAGAAGGUCAGAGGCAAUCGUCCAUGAUGCCUUUCACGCUGGAGGAGUUGGUCAUGCUGUCUCGCUGCCUUCGUGAUGCCUGCCUAGGAAUCAUCAAGCUGGCCUACCCGGAAACAAAGCCAGAGAUUCGCGAGGAAUACAGUGCUGCCUUCCGGAGCAUCGGUGCCACGACCAGUUCUGAGAUGCAGCAGUGCAUUCAGAGGGAACAGAAACGCUGGGUUCAGUUAUUCAAGGUUAUCACAAACCUAGUGAAAAUGCUGAAGUCCAGAGACACCAGGAGAAACUUUUGUCCUCCAAAUCACUGGCUGUCAGAACAAGAAGACAUUAAAGCAGAUAAGGUCACCCAGCUGUAUGUGCCAGCAUCCAGACAUGUGUGGAGGUUCCGACGGAUGGGGAGGAUCGGCCCCCUGCAGUCCACUCUGGAGGUGGGAGUAGAGUCCCCACCACUGUCGGUGUCCGAGGAACGACAGCUUGCCAUCCUGACAGAACUGCCCUUUGUGGUCCCCUUUGAGGAGCGUGUGAAGAUCUUUCAAAGGUUGAUUUAUGCAGAUAAGCAAGAAGUUCAAGGAGAUGGUCCAUUUCUGGAUGGAAUUAAUGUCACAAUAAGAAGAAACUAUAUUUAUGAAGAUGCUUAUGACAAACUGUCCCCAGAAAAUGAGCCUGAUUUGAAAAAGCGGAUUCGUGUGCACCUGCUGAAUGCCCAUGGCCUGGAUGAAGCCGGCAUCGAUGGUGGUGGUAUUUUCAGAGAGUUUUUAAAUGAACUCUUGAAGUCAGGCUUUAACCCCAACCAGGGGUUCUUUAAGACUACUAAUGAAGGGCUUCUGUAUCCCAGCCCUGCUGCUCAGAUGCUUGUGGGAGACUCUUUUGCCAGGCAUUACUACUUCCUGGGCAGAAUGCUGGGAAAGGCUCUCUAUGAAAACAUGCUGGUGGAGCUGCCCUUCGCAGGCUUCUUCUUGUCUAAGCUCCUGGGAACCACUGCAGAUGUGGACAUCCACCACCUGGCUUCCCUGGACCCUGAGGUCUACCGGAACCUGCUGUUCCUCAAAAGCUAUGAGGGCGAUGUGGAAGAGCUUGGACUGAACUUCACCGUGGUGAACAAUGACUUGGGAGAGGCUCAGGUGGUUGAAUUAAAAUUUGGUGGAAAAGAUAUCCCUGUGACCAGUGCCAACCGCAUUGCCUAUAUCCAUCUGGUAGCUGACUACAGGUUGAACAAGCAAAUCCGCCCGCACUGCCUGGCGUUCCGACAGGGCCUGGCCAAUGUCGUCAGCCUGGAGUGGCUGCGAAUGUUUGAUCAGCAGGAAAUUCAGGUACUAAUUUCUGGUGCACAAGUUCCCAUAAGUCUGGAGGAUCUGAAAUCCUUCACAAAUUAUUCAGGAGGCUAUUCUGCUGAUCAUCCUGUGAUCAAAAUCUUCUGGAGAGUUGUGGAAGGUUUCACUGAUGAAGAAAAGCGCAAGUUGCUCAAGUUUGUAACAAGCUGCUCGCGGCCUCCUCUCCUGGGCUUUAAGGGCCUCUGUACCUGCUCCUGGGCUUCACCAACCUUGUGCAUCCUGAAGCCUGCAGCACCUAGGCCCACAUUCUGGAACCCAGACAGCAAUGCCCACAGGAAGAGGCCGAUGCCCCACUCCACACCACACCCACGUGAGCUUCCUAGUACUGUCUGCAUCUUCAUGUAGCCAGCAGGACACCAGCAGCCUGCUGGUGCAGCGUCCCCAGGGCAGUCUCAGGUCAGCCCGGGCACAGGAUGGCCAGUCUGGGCCUCUGAGUUUCCACCCCUUUCCUGCACUGCUCACUAUGAACAGGGCCCAUUGAGGCAGAGUUGAGACCUUGGCCCAGCUCCUCUAUGCCCCUGGGUUCUGGGUGCCCAGAAGCAAUAGUUGCUCUGAGACAGCACCAGGUCCCAGCUGGACCUGGGUGCACUGCUGCUCCGGCUGCACCCCAGAAAGACACUGCAGCCCCACAGCUGACACCAGGGCAGGUACUCCCCAAAGCAGUGUCCUGGCUGCAGGUGCGCUGGUCAGUACCCUCUGGAUGACAGCCAACCAAGGAGCCAAUAGCCUGGAACCCCACAGCUCUUUCACUGCAGACAGGCAGGCACCGUGCCUCAGUUUCCCUCAGAACAUGGCAAUGAAUGCCCAUGCUGUAGGCAUGACCAGCUGCACAUAGCAGUUUCCCUAUCACAGGGUAGGGACUCCCAUACUUGGCCCAAAGGGAAAAACCACCCCUUCCCUUACAGGUGACUCCUGAUACCCCCUUGCAGGUUCAGAGCUGUGGCCCAGCAGAACAAUAAGAACAACAAAAGCAUUUCACAGGGCUGGACGUGGGGCCCAGGGCCUUGUGCAAGUGCUGUACAAUGAACCACACCCCAGCCCCAAAGACAGAAAAGAGCCAGGUGUGGGGGAAGCCACCUAGGAUCCCAGCACUUGCGGGACUGAGGCAGGAGGAUGGCCAUGAGUUCACAGCCAAACGGGGCUACAUAGUGAGUUCAAGCCUGGCCUGUUUCAAAAACCAACAUAGGCUGAGGAUGUAGCUCAGUGGCACAGUGCCUGUCUGGCAAGUAUAGGUCAUGAGGUCCAUCCUGGUACUGAUAAAUAAAUAAAUAUAAAUUAAAAAGGGAAUAAAAUAAAUAAAUAAAAUUUUUUUAAAAAGGGAAUAAAUGUGUGGUUCACUAUGACAUAGAAUACAUUUUACCACAUACUGGUCCAUUUCCUUUUCUUCCCUAAAACACUUCUGAUAUUUCUCAAGCUCUUUCCUUCAUUGUGGAUUUCUAAGGUGCUUUGUUAAGAAGUGGAGACAGCUCAGUGGCUGAGUCCUCAGGAAGCAGGAAGGAGCCCUGAGUUCCAUCCUCAGUGCAAACACAGCCUUGUUUACUAAGGACCUCAAGCUGAGUGCCACUGGUGAGGACCAGAGACCGCAGGCUGGGGUCAUCAGCCAGGGCUCACAGCACUGGUAGCACAAGUUCCUUGCCUGGGAACCUGUGCCCCUCUGCAGAGCCUCUUCUUGCUCUAGCUCCUGAUCCUGCAGGAUGAGAAAGCCUCCACCUAGGAAUGUGAAACCUUUUUUUUUUUUUUUUUUUUAAUUUUGAGACAGGGUCUCACUAUGUAUCCUCGAACUCACAGUGAUUUUCCUGCCUGAGCUCCGGAGUGCUAGAAUUACAGGCAUGCACCACCAUGCCUGGCUGUGAAUAUGAAAUCUUUGUGUUAAGUUCUUACAGUUCGGGGCUGGGGAUUUAGCUCAGUGGCAUAAGUGCCUGCCUUGCAAGCAGGCAGUUGUGAGUUUGAUCCCUGGUACUGAUAAAAAUGAAAAAAGACAAAAAAAAAAAAAUUCUUACAGUUGUUAAAUUCUUCCAGAACUAGGGAACAGGGUUUUAGCUCAGCAGCAUAAGUGCCUGCUUGGCAAAUGCAAAGUGGGUGUGAUCCCUCGUAUCCCCCCAAAAAAAUUCUUCCAGAACUAUAGUCCUUUCCCCUGUGUACUUUUUCUCCUUUUUAUGUGGUACUGGGGAUGAACCCAGGACCCUCAUACUGAGCUACAUCCCUAGACCACUCAUUCAUUCAUUCAUUCAUUCAUUCAUUCAUUCUCUUAUUUUUUAUUUAUGAAACAGAAUCACACCUGAGUAUAGUGGCGUACCCAGCCUUUGGGAGGCUGAGGCUGAGGCAGGAGGAUCUUGCAAGUUCAAGGCUUGGGCUACAAAGUGAGCUCAAAGCCAGCCUGAACUGCAUAGUGAGACCUGUAUCAAAAAGACAGAAAAAAAGAAAGAAAAGUAACAGGAUCUCACAAAAGGGCUGAAUUACCCAGAUUGGGCUCCAGCUUACAUUCUUCCUACCUCAGCCUCUCUGACUCUGAGAUUACAGGUGUGCACCACCAAUCUGCCUCCUUUUCCUGUUUUCUUUUUCCUGUUUUACCACUUUCUCAACUGACUCUCACAAUUCAGAGGCUCACACAGGUUUCCUGAAAAACCAGCCCUGUGCAGGGUGGAGGUGGUGAGGAGCAGCUCCUGGCAGUGCCCAGAGGCAUCCACUCUGUAUCUGGGUCGGCAGAGGUGACUGCAUUCAGGGGUGGCACAGAGAGCAGGGCCAAGGGAGCUGGCAGAAGACUUCCUGCAGUGGCUCCAGUACAGGGCACCAUAGGGACCAGCUGCUGGGCAUGUAGUUCUGUGUCUAUGUGAGAACAGUACUGAGCAAAGAGCUUGACCAUGGCUUGUACUCUUUCUUGUUAUUGAAGUUUGAUUAGCACAUUGAGUCUCCAUGGGGAGGUGGCACCUGCGCUGAGGCUCAGAGGUCCUCAGAGGCCCGAGGUCUGUUCCCUUGCAAGCCUUUAGGCCACGCUGUCCAGGUAAAACAUGGAGGUUCAAAUCCUUGGUGCAGGCCUCAUCCCACCCUGACCUUGCCACUCUCUGGCUACCUGGCCUCUGGGAGAAGCCCAGACUUGCAGUGGUAGGGAGGCUGGCCUGGUGCCCAGUGCACGCCUGUGACCUGCUAGGAGCCUAGGGGUGGUGCCCAACCCCGUCAGGUCCUGGGAAGCCUUGGGUUCAGCCAGAACACCCAAGGAAAUGUGCCUCAGCAUAGCACAAGGCCCACCAGGACUGACUUCUGUGUGUGGUCAGCUGUGGGUGCCCACCAGGCACUGGGCAGGGCUCAGCUGGAGGCAGGGCUGGCUCAGGCUGCAGGGCACCUCUGUCCUCUUCCCCAGUGAUGGGGUUCAUGGCUGCCUGAGCUGGUCUGCACCUGGUGUUGUGAGGCCCUGAGUGCCAUCAUGAGGCCAGGCAGGACAGACAGACGUGGACCCAGCUGCAGACAACAGGUGGCCCUGCUUCCACAGAUGCCACUACCCAGGACAGAGCAGGUUGUAAGGCUGACAGGAACAUGCCCUGGCGGACCUUGAGUCAUGGGAGGAGGGCCUCCUGGGAGCCUGAAGCCUCCUGUCCUGCCAGUUGACAUCCCCUCUGGGGUUUCUCUGGGAAAUCCCAGGUGCUGCCCAGACCCGCUCCCCUGGAAAACCCGGCUCCUCCCUUCUCUGUCUCAGUGAGACUGCUCAGUCAGCUUAUUCUGGUGAGUGUGAAUGACUGUGUAGCCAUGACUGAGAGCCUUGCCCAGGGCUGGGGAGGAGGCCUGGAGCCCAGAAUCCCCUAAGUUAAGGAAGUUUGGGAGAUGAUUCUUGAGGAUUGGUGCUGCCUGGCCUGUCUUGCAUUGGAGAGGUCCGGGAAUCAGAGAGCCUGGGGCUUUCCAACAGUGAGGUCCUGGAGGGUGUGGGCAGAGUCCAGCUGGCAAGGCAGACAGGUUUCCCGGGGUGUGGCUAGGCCCAAGGCCAGUGGGCUCUGCAGUGCACCACAGCUCAAAAGCACUUGUCCCCAACCUCAGCCUCCCCACACCACUGUGGAGUCUGGUAAAGGCCUUGGGAGGAUCCAGCCACAGGGGAGGGUCAGCACCAGAGGAGGGUGGUGGAUGGUGAUGCCUAGGGCCAGUGAGUGGGAGGCAGGUCCCUAGACCAGCAAACGCUGCAGCAGGGGAUUCUGACCUAUGGUUGACACACGGGAGUGGUGAUGCUGAUGGAGCAGAUGGCCAGAGGACAGUUUGGAGAGAUGGUGAGUGGCAGGGCCUGCAUGACAGGGACAGGUAGUUGGUUAUUAAUGAGAUUAGAGAAAUUUAAAGCUGGAGGAGGAAAGUAAAGAUUAUAAAAUGGGGGUUGGGGGUCUGGGGAUUUAGCUCAGCAGCACAAGCACCUGCCUGGCAAGUGUGAGGUUGUGAAUUCGAUCCCCGGUACCAUAACAAAAGGAAGAUUAAAAAUGUAGCAAAGUUUGGCUGCUGCAUGGGCACAUGCUCAUGGUUCCAGUGUUCAAGAGGCUGAGGCAGGAGAAUCCGUGGACUCAAAGCCAGCCCAAGGUACACAGAGUGCUCAGGGCCAGCCCAGACUACAUAGUAAGGCCCUAGCUCAAAACAAAAUUAUGGGAGAAGAGACCAAGAUGGUAGAGCAGUAGGCAGCAGAGAAAACAGACUCUCUGAGAGUCACCAUCCAAACCCUGGAAUACGGCAUCGUGAAGGAGACAGAGAGGGAAGUGGGUCCCCCGGACCCAGGAAGAAUCUGAAGUGCCAACUGAAGCCCACCAGAGAGUGAAGAGAGGAACUCCAGCGAAGGAGGAGGUGCCGCCAGCAUUUUCUCCCUGUACCAGGGAGAAGUUCAAACCUGCAGAACCAGAGUAACUAUGAUGGCAGCAUAAGCACCUGUUUGGCAAGGGCAAAGUUGACAAGGAUAAGUGAUGGCCAAUGACCCCAAGGGCCCCUGCAGAGAGCUGUGGGGGGCAGCAGAUGUGGGGGACUGCACGGCCUGGCAGUGAGUGUGGAGAGCUCAGUCCUCCUGUGGGAGAAAGCCUUUAGCCGGGAGGCAUCUUGGAGCUGGGCUGGCCUAGUCUAGAACUCAGAACCACUGCUGGCUCUGUCUAGCAGCUCCCAGGUACGCUAGACCCACAGAAAUUGCUUGGAUGGCAGCGAGCCCAAUGAGCAUGGUCUCAGGGCAGCCUGCUGAGAUUUUCCUCUACCCAGCCCAAAAACUUCUGCUGGCUUGCUGGGAGAGAGAGCUGCAUAAAUCAGGACUCUUCCUCCACAGGUCGGCUACUAGUGAAACCAAAGAAAACCCUGUAAGGGGGCUUUUUCUUCUCCUAAGUUUACUUCUUCCUUCUCCUCCUCCUCUUCUUCUCUUUUCUUGUUUCUUUCUUUCUUUUUUCCCUUUCUUCUUCAUUGUUUGAUCUUGUUUUCAUGAGUGUGAAUGCAGUUCCUAGCCUCUUCAUGAUUGUGGUUCUGUUCUGUUCUUCCUUUUAUCUCUUCCAUCUCUUUUCCUUCAUUCUUCUGCACCAGUUGCCCAAAGUUGGUGUGAUCCUCCUUUGUCCUCCAACCUUAUUCCUAAUCUCUUCCUUUUCUUAUACUUCUCUAUUUGCUCAUUAGUCCAUUUUAAAUUUUAACCUCGGUGGGCAAAACUAACUUGUAUACUGCAUAUAAUUUUCUGGUUUGUUUUAGAUUUUAUUACAUAACCACAAACCUAGUUCAUACAGUUAAAAGUGGCAAAUUAAAUUUUGUCAUUCUCAAGGCUGUGUUUGAUGCCAUUGGUACCACUACAGCCAAAAGUGACAUAAUUGUUCUAAACAGCUGUUCCAUGGAAUUCCAUGACUGAGAUUGACUAAGGGUCACAGAAAAUAUGGUAGUACAGUGCCAAAGAGGCAGGGACCAGGCCAAACAAGCAACAACUUCUCAUCUCCAACAAACUGAAGAGGUCAGAUCUUCCAACAGACUCAAAACUCAAAACCAGCUAUAUCUGGAAGAUACCUCAGAGAAGUAGUAAUCACAGAGGGAUCCUAAAUACUAGCAAUAAAGCAACCUAGCAUAAACAAUUUACAAGUAUCACCCCAGGAAUUAAACUAAAAAAAGAAAGAAUGAAAAGACACUUAAAAUGCAACCCCAGACAUCAAGUUCAUCAGAUGCAAAUCUAGGGGGCAGGGAGGUGGGACAGUCUGAAAGCCUCCUACCUGGCCUCCCUGUGGUGGUAGCAACAAAGCAGUUAACUGAAGCUCUGGAAAAGAUGAAAUCAUAAGAAUCUCUCAGGUAGUGGCUGGGGAUUUAGCUCAGUGGCAUAAGCACCUGCCUUGCAAGCAGGCGGUUGUGAGUUCGAUCCCUGGUACCGAUAAAAAGAGAAAAAGAAAAAAAAAAAUUAAAAAAAAAAAAUCUCUCAGGUGAAGAUCGUGCUUUAGUGACACUGGAGCAGAUACAGACAAAAAAAAAAAAAAUAGAUGGGUUUAGAAAAUUAUGGAAGCUUAGCAUACAAAGGAAAUGGAAUCCAUAAAACGGAAUGAAGCAGAUAUCCAGGAGAAUAAAAAUCCCACUGAUAGUAUUCAAAGUAGAUUAGGCCAGUGUGAGGACAGAUCUCAGAAAUUGAAGACAGGCUUUCAGUUAACAACCAGGAAAAGGAAGAUUUCUCAAAAAUGGCAAGGGACCAUGAAAAAUCAACCAGCAGCUGCCAGAUGAGACAAAGAAGAAUAAGAUUAAUUGGAGUCAAGAAAGAAGCACAAGAUACCACAAAUGAUAUUAAAACAGUAUUCAAAGACAUCAUGGCAGAAAACUUUCCUGGUAGAGAAAAACAAUUAGACAUACAAAUAAAUGAGGCAUAUAGGACUCUUAUUAGCCAUGAUCAAAAAAUUCUAUAUUGGGCCAGGGAUUUAGCUCAACGGCAUAAGCACCUGCCUGGCAAGUGCAAGGUCGUGAGUUCGAUCCCUGGUACCAAAAAACAAACAAAUAAACAAACAAAAAAAUUCUAUAGCCAGAUACAUCAUAGUCAAGACUCCAGAAAUUCAACACAGGAAUGGAAUCUUAAAAGCUGUCAAAGAGGGGCUGGAGAUUUAACUCAGCGGCAUAAGCGCCUGCCUUGCAAGCAGGCAGUCGUGAGUUCGAUCCCUGGUACCAAUAAAAAGGAAAAAGACAAAAAAAAAAAAAAAAAAAAAAAAAAAAAAAAAAGACACAACACACAAAUCACCUAUAAGGAAAGCCUGACAAAUCACAGCUGGCUUCUUGUACAAACUCUCAAGUCAAGAGAGCGUGGAGUAACACAUUCCAAUUUCUAAAAGAAAACAGCUUUCAACCCAGACUGAUGUAUCCUGCAAAAUUAUCUUUCAAAACUGAUGGAGAAAUAAGAUACUUUCAUGACACAGAACAUCUGAGGACAUGUAUAACCACCAAACCAGCACCCCAAAGUGUUCUGAAGGACAUUCUAGAAAGAGAUAAUAAGGACUAUAGCUCCAUGAACCCCAACAGAAGGAAUCCACAAAAAAAAAAAAAAAAAAAAAAAAAAAGGAAUCCACCAGGCUAGGCAAACAAUUGUUAAAGGGAAAAAGUGGGGUGGGGGAGCCAACAACAGGAAAAUAACAUGACAAGGAUAAGUCGAUCCACAUCAGUUAUAACCAUCAAUGUUAAUGGUCUCAAAUCACCAGUCAAAAGAAAUGGAUUGGCCUAAUGGAUCAAGAAGCGAGAUCCAACAAUAUGCCACUUACAAGAAACACAUUGAAUUCAAUAAGAAAUUCAUGAACUGAAAGUCAAAGAUUGGAAAACAAUACUCCAUGCAACAGGAACUCAGAAAAAAGUAGGGGUAGCUAUUCUUUUUGAAGACAAAGUGAAUUUCAAGGUAAGACUGAUUAAGAGAGAGAAAGAAAGAAGGUCACUGCAUCCUAGUAAAGGGAACAAUCCAGGAGGAAGACAUAACAAUCAUAAAUAUAUAUGCACCAAAUAUGAGUAUACUUGACUGUAUGAAACAAAUACGGACAUGAAGAGUCAAGCCUUUAUAUGGUCAGAUUGGGAGAUCUCAGUACCCCCACUGUCUAGUGGAUAUCUGUAGGGUGUUCCACCCCUCAACAUCAGAAUACAUAUUCUUCUCAGCUGUACUUGGGAUUCUCCAAAAUAAACCACAUACUGGCCCAUAGAACACGCUUAAGUAAAUGCAAAGGAAUGGAAAUGACCCUAUGCAUACUAUCAGACCACAGUGCAAUGAAAUUGGAAAUCCAUGGCAAAAGAAACUGCAAGAACUACAUAAACAUCAAAAUUAGGGGCUAGGGAUUUGCUCAGCAGCAUAAGCACCUGCCUCGCAAGCAGGCAGUCAUGAGUUCGGUCCCUGGUACCGAUAAAAACGAAAAAAGACAAAAAAAAAAAAAAAAAAUUAAAUAGCACCCUGCUGAACAGCCAAUGGGUCACAAAUGAAAUUAAAGAAUUAGAGUUUUUGUAAGUGAACAAUGAUGACAGGAUGACACACCAGAACUUGAGACACAGUGAAAGCAGUCUAAGACGGAAAUUUAUAGCAGUAAAUACCCAUAUCAGGAAAACAGAACAAGCGCAUAUCAACAACUAAUCGUGAACCUUGGACUUCUACAGAAAGAACAGGCUAAGCCAAAAGCUCACACAAGGGAGGAAAUUAUAAAGAUCAGAGCAGAAAUUAACACAUUGGAGACUAAAAAAACAAUACAGAGAAUCAAUGAAUCAAAGAGUUGGUUCUUUGAAAGAUUAAAUAAAAUUGACAAACCCUUAGCCAACCUUAUUAAAAAGAAAGGGAAGACUCAAAUCCAUGCAAUUAGGAAUGAAAAGGAUGAAAUCACCAUAGACCCUGCAGAAAUUUAGCAGGUCAUCCAUACCUACAUUGAAAACUUGUAUUCUUUUUUCUCCUUUUUUCAAAAUCCAUUUUAAUUCAAGAAUAAAAAGAAAAGGGGCUGGGGAUUUAGCUCAGUGGCAUAAACACCUGCCUUGCAAGCAGGCGGUCGUGAGUUCGAUCCCUGGUACCGAUAAAAAUGAAAAAGACAAAAAAAAAAAAAAAAAAAAAAAAGAAUAAAAAGAAAAAAGAAAGAAAACUUGUAUUCUAAUUAGAUGGAAAAUGCAGAAGAAAUGGACAGAUUCCUAGAUAUAUAUGAAUUACCAAAACUCAAUCAAGAUGUAAAAAUCCUAAAUAAACCAGCAUCAGUCAAUGAAAUCAAAGAAGUAAUUAAAAACCUAUCAAUUAGAAUCCUUUGGGGGGAAAAAAAAAACCUAUCAACAGAGAGAGAAAAAUCAGGGUCUCCCAAGAAUCAGCCAUGCUGGGACUUGGGGGAGCAACCACCAAAGCAAUGAGCCAACCUUCCUGGUGAGCAACACAAGCUGCAGGCGUGCCAGGGAGAGGAAAGCCAGCCUCUCCCAUGAGCCUACAAGUGCGUGGGCUGAGAAUGAAACAGCCUUCCCAGUUGUCCCCCAAGUAGCGUGGUUCCCCCAUCCCCAUUAACAACCAGAUGGUGUUGAGGACAGCCAGAGUUGAUAGCAACUAAGGCACAUAAAGCAAGUAAAUGCUUGUACCGUUGGAUUGAUUCUGCUGACCUGAGGUCAGAAGUCUGAGCAUCUCUUGGGAGAAUGACAGAGUGCAGUAUAGCAAACAUGGGGGAUUUCCUUUUGUCUUCUCUUUGAACGCAGAUGUUGUUUUCACUGUUUUGCUUUGUUCUGAUUAAUUGUCUUGCUCUAUUCAAUAUUGUCUUUUGAUCGGUUUAUAGUAUUCUGUUUUUGGUUUGAUUUUGCUAUACCUGAUUGAAUGUACAACUACUGUGAAGAUAACAAGAUACACUAUGGAAUCUAUAACUGGUAUCCUGGUGUCCUGCCCUAAAGUUCUGUACCAAUUUCACUGCACUGUCUUGAUUGGCUUUGUUCUGUCUGGUUUUGGUGUAUUUUCCUACCUUUAAAAACAAAACGAAACACAGACUGGGAAUUCAGCUCAGCAGCACAAGUGCCUGCCUGACAAGUGCAAGGUUGUGAGUUCAAUGCCUGGUACCAAAAAUAAGUGAAUAAAUAAAUAUGAGAAGUUUAAGUAAAUAAAUAUCUCCUAAAACAAAACAAAAUGAAACAAUCUAUCAACAAAGGAAGCCCAGACCCUGACAGAUUCACUGUGAAUGAAUUCUAAAGAAAUUUAGAGGAAACCUAACACCAUUACUUCUCAAACACUUUAAUGAAAUUGAAAGAGAAGCAAUAUUCUCAAAUUCAUUCCUAGAAGCAAGCAUUACUAUGAUACCAAAACCAGAGAAGGACCCAACUAAAAGAAUUACAGGAAAAAAAAAAAAGAGAGAGAGAGACAGAAUUACAGGCCAGUCUCCCUAGUGAACACUGAUGCAAAAAUCCUCUGUAAGAUAUUGGCAGACUUGGGCUGGGGAUUUAGCUCAGUGGCAUAAGCGCCUGCCUUCCAAGCAGGCAGUCGUGAGUUUGAUCCCUGGUACUGAUAAAAAGGAGAAAGACAAAAAAAAAAAAAAAAAAAAAAAAAAUACUGGCAAACCAGAGCUGGGGAUUUAGCUCAGAGGCAUAAGCACCUGCCUGGCAAGUACAAGAUUUAUGAGUUCAAUCCCUGGUACAAAAAAAAAAAAAAAAAAAAAAAAAAUGGAUACUGGCAAACAAGGCAGCAAAUUGUCAAGAAGAUUUUACACCAUUAUCAAGUAGGAUUCACCCCAGAGUUGCAGGGAUGUUUCAACACACCUAAACCCAUAAAUACACCAUAUUAAAGGAGCCAAGGACAAAAAUCACGUGAUCAUCUCAAUAGAUACAAAAAAAACUUUUUUUUUUUUUUUUGUCUUUUUCCUUUUUAUCAGUACCAGGGAUCAAACUCACGACUGCCUGCUUGCAAGACAGGCAUUAUGCCACUGAGCUAAAUCCCCAGCCCCUAGAAAAAACCUGACAAAGUCCAGCACCUAUUCAUGAUAAAAAAACCCUACAGAAAAUUAGAAAAGAUGGUUUUAAUCUCAAUCUGAUAAACGCCAUCUUUGGCAAACCAGCAGCCAACAUCAUACUAAAUGGGCAAAAAUUGAAAACUAUCUCUCGGGGCUGGGGAUUUAGCUCAGUGGCAUAAGCGCCUGCCUUGCAAGCAGGCAGUCGUGAGUUCGAUCCCUGGUACCGAUAAAAAUGAAAAAGACAAAAAAAGAGAAAAAAGAAAAAAGAAAACUAUCUCUUUAAAAUCAGGAAAAAGAUGUCCACUGUCUCCACUCUUAUUCAACAUAGUCCUGGAAAUUUUAACUGGAGCAAUUAGACAAGAGAAAGAAAUAAAAGGAAUAAAGACAGGAAAGGAAAGCCAGGCGUGGUGGCUCAUGCCUGUAAUCCCAACACUCAGGAGGCUGAGGCAGGAGGGUCAUUGCAAGUUUGAAACCAGCCUGGACUACAAAGUGAGCUCAAGGCCAGCCUGAACUGCAUAGACAGACCCUGUAUCAAAAAGACAAAAAAAAAAAAAAAAAAAAAAAAAGGGAAAGGAAGAAGUUAAACUAUUGUUAUUUGCAGGUGACAUGAUACUCUACAUUGAAGAUCCCCAAAACUCCACUAAGAAACUGGUAGAUUGGCUGGGGAUUUAGCUCAGCGGCAUAAGCGCCUGCCUUGAAAGCAGGCAGUCGUGAGUUCGAUCCCUGGUACCGAUAAAAAUGAAAAAGACCAAAAAACAAAAAAAAAUAAGAAACUGGUAGAUUUAGUAAGCAAAUUCAGUAGUAUAGCUGGCUACAAAGUCAACAUUCAAAACUCAACAGCAGGGGCUGGGGAUUUAGCUCAGCAGCAUAAGCACUUGCCUUGCAAGUGUGUGGUUAUGAGUUCGAUCCCCAGUACCAAUAAAAAAGAAAAAGACCAAAAAAAAAAAAAACUCAACAGCCUUCCUGUACCCAAAUAACAAAACUCACUGAGAAAAAUCAGGGAAACAAUGUGUUUUACAAUAAUAUCAAAAAAAUUGAAAUAUCUAGGAAUCAAUCUAAUGAAGGAUGUAAGAGACCUCUACACUGGUAACCACAGUGCUCUGUAAAAGGAGAUUGAAAAGGAUACUAGAAAAUGGAAUGAUAUCUGAUUCGAUUGGUUAGGAAGAACUAAUACAGUGAAAACUCUUCCAAAACUCUUACUACAGAUUCAGUGCAAUCCCAAUCAAAAUUCCAAUAGCAUAUCUGACAGAAUUAGAGAAAAUAAUCCUAAAAUUCAUCUGGAACCAGAGGAUACCUAGAGUAGCAAAGGCAAUCCUGGGCAAAAAAGACAAGAUAGGACAUCACAAUCCCUGACUUGAAAUUAUACUAUAAAGCUACUGUGAUUAAAAAAAAAAAAAAAAAAACAGCACCGUAAAACAGGUAUAGUGGUGCAUGUCUGUAAUCCCAGUACUUGGGAGCUGAGGCAGGAGGAUCCCUGCAAGUUCAAGGCCAGCCUGAGCUACAAACUGAGUGCAAGAUCAUCCUGAACUGUAUAACAAGACUCUGUCUCAAAAAGCACCCCCCCCCCAAAAAAAAAAGGUGUGAUAAAAAACGGACUCGGAAUAAAAAAAAAAAACCAGACUCAAAGAUCAGUGGAACAGAUUAGAAGGAGAACAACUCCAGAUGCACAUGCCAAAGAUUAAAGUUGGACCCAUAUCAUCCUCUUCUCCUUCUUCUUCUUCCUCCUCCUCCUCCUCCUCCUCCUCCUCCUCCUCCUCCUCCUCCUCCUCCUCCUCCUCCUCCUCCUCCUCCUCCUCUUCUUCUUCUUCUUCUUCUUCUUCUUCUUCUUCUUCUUCUUCUUCUUCUUCUCUCCCCCUCCUCCUCCUCCUCCUCACCUUCCUCCUCCUCCUUCUCCUUCUUCUUCUUUCCGUCUUUUUGAGACAGGGUCUCACUAUGCAGUUAAGGCUGGCUUUGGGCUCACUUUGUAGCCCAGGCUGAUGUGGAACUUUCAUCGAUCCUCCUGCCUCAGCCUCAGGAGUGCUGGGAUUACAGGAGUGUGCCACCACACCUGGCUGGACUCAUAUCUUUUACCUUGCAUUAAACUAAAUUUCAAAUGGAUCAAAGGUGUUAGUAUUACAGCAGAAAGAUUAAAUCUGCUGGAGAUUUAAAGUAGGUAAAACUCUUGAAGACAUUGGUGUAGGCAAAGACUUUAUGAAUAAAACCCAGAUUGCACAGAAACUGUCACAAAGAAUCGACAACUGGUAUCUCAUCUUACUGAAAUACUUCUGCACAGCAAGAGAAAACACCCAACAGAGUGAAGAGACCACCCACAGUGUGGGAGAAAAUGCUUGUCAGCUGUUCCUCAAAGGACUGCUAUAAAGAGCUAAAAAAAAAAAAUUAGUCCUCCCAGGUUAAAAAACCCAACCCAGGGGCUGGGGAUUUAGCUCAGCAGCAUAAGUGCCUGCCUUAUAAGCAGACAGUCAUGAGUUUGAUCCCCGGUACCGAUAAAAAGACAAAAAAAAAAAAAAAAAAAACCCAACCCAAAAUGGGCAUCUGAGGGGCUGGGGAUUUAGCUCAGUGGCAUAAGCACCUGCUUUGCAAGCACAUGGUCGUGAGUUCGAUCCCCAGUACCAAUAAGAAAAAAAAUGGGCAUCUAAGAUGAAUACACAGUUCUCAGAUGAAGAACUACAAAUAGCAAAUAAAUACAUGAAGAAAUGUUCAACAUCAUUGGCUAUGUGAGAGAUGCAAAUUAAAAUAACACAGAUUUCUCCUCACCCCAGAAGGGCCAGGGAUUUAAGCUCAGCCGUGUAAGCACCUGCCUGGCAAGUGUGAGGUCACAAGUUUGAUCCCCCCACCCCAAGAAGGAAAGAAAUCAGCCAAUAACAAGUACGGGAAGGACUGUGAGGGAAAGGAAUGUGGAGUACCCUCAUGGUGUACCGUUUCUCAUCAUUGAUAAGAGUGUACAGUGGUCCGAUCAGUAUACAGACUGCUCAGAAAAUGAGGAUUGGGGAUCCCCUUUGACCCAGCUAUUCCCCAUCUGAGUAUCCUCAUAGCAGAAUUUAAAAAGUCAUACCAUGGCCAUGUAAGUGCAUCCAUGUUCAUAGCAGCACAAUUUGUAAUGACCAGAUCUUGCCCUAAAUGCCCACUGAGUGAGGAAUGGAUAAAAAGAUGUGGUACUUUUAUACUUUAGAGUACUACUCAGCCAUAAAGGACACACUGGAGACUUUUAUCAGUAACUGGAUAAAACUUGAGUCCAUAAUAAAUCAGAUAUGCAUAUGUAAGUGUCAUGUUGUCUCACGAAUGUGACAAGCUGAAAAAAACGAGACCACUGCACCGCCCCUGGCGCUUGUGCACAAGCCGGCCUCCCUGUAGCUUGCAGAUUCCUCCAAGAUCUGCAGCUCUGCUGAGGAAGAAUAUACACUCAUAUAUACAUAAAUGUAAGUAUAUGAAACAAUAUAUAUUUAUGAAACUAUAUAUAUAUAUAUACAUAAAAUAUAGUUAAGAUAGUUAUACCACUGAUUUCUCUGUACACUGAAGAGAAAGGUUUGCACUGGUAUUGUUCAAAGAGUUGAAUGCACAUGUCCUGUGCUGUGAGUGACUGAAUUGGGAGUGACAAUGUGCAAUGUGUGUACCAUUGAUGUCUCCUGAUUGUUGUUUUAUGAAAUGUUGGGUUUUUUUUUCUCUUUGAAAUAAAAUGGAUUGGAAAAGCAA